CAAGAAGUAAAUUUUCAUGCAAAAUUGUGAUUUGGAAGAAUUUAGUUACAAUAUUUAAAAUCGGAAAAAAAUAGUGUAGCAAUCAUGUUUAAUGUUGAUUAAAUAGUCCAAAACAGUUCAUCAUUGUGGUUCGCGCGCUGUUUUAAAAGUCAAUGCAAACGCGGAAGCGAUAAAAUCCAAACAAAGCAAAAUGUUUCGCAGUCGAAGUUGGUUCGGAGGAGGCUGGAACCGUCCUAAAAAUCGCCUCUCACUGGAUCAUCUCAAAUAUUUGUACAGCGUUUUGGAGCGGAACACUACCGUAUCGGAGAACAAUCGCGGUUUACUGGUGGAAUCUCUUCGAUGCAUAGCCGAGAUCCUCAUUUGGGGUGACCAGAAUGAUUCAUCCGUGUUCGAUUUCUUCUUGGAGAAAAAUAUGCUUUCAUAUUUCUUACACAUAAUGCGCCAGAAAAGCGGUGGAUCUAGUUUCGUCUGCGUUCAGUUACUGCAAACACUGAAUAUUCUUUUUGAAAACAUUCGAAAUGAAACGUCCCUUUAUUAUCUUCUUAGUAACAACCUAGUGAACUCAAUCAUCGUCCACAAAUUCGACUUUUCCGAUGAAGAUGUGAUGGGUUAUUAUAUACUUUUCCUCAAGACGCUUAGCCUGAAGCUGAACACGCACACGAUACACUUCUUCUACAAUGAGCAUACGAAUGACUUCCCUCUAUAUACCGAAGCAAUCAAGUUCUUCAACCAUCCUGAGUCGAUGGUGCGUAUAGCUGUUCGCACGAUUACUUUGAAUGUGUAUAGAGUGCAGAAUCCCAACAUGCUUCAGUUUAUUCGCGACAAAACUGCUGCUCCUUACUUCAGUAAUCUGGUUUGGUUUAUUGGGAAGCAUAUUCUGGAGUUGGAUUCAUGCGUGAGGAAUGAUACCGACCACCAAUCUCAGCAUCGUUUGGCAAAUCUAGUUGCAGAGCAUCUUGACCAUUUGCACUAUCUGAACGAUAUUCUUUGCCUGGAUAUACCGGAUCUGAAUGCGGUCCUGACGGAGCAUUUGCUUCACAAAUUGCUCGUUCCUUUGUAUAUUUUUUCUCUGACCCCUUCGCCACCUAUUUCGAUGGCUGUCGUGACCAGAAACCUGGCGGCUGUGCUGAAUAAGGUUGUCGAUAUCGAUAUUAAGGAGAUGAACAAUCCACGCGUGUCCAGCGUGGUCGCGUUAUUCCUGCUCUCACUCGUUUUCCUAGUGAUAACUCAUAGGCCACUUAUCAAUGCACUGACCUGGGUCAUUCUGAAUGCUGAUCACACGGUGUUCAAAGAAGGGGCAGCUCAAAUUCUGAACUCGUACAUUGAAAAUCGCGAGGUAGUGGCACUAGGGUUUGGUCAACCCGUCGAAAGCUUGGAAGAAGCACUGGAAAGUUCGGUGGCGUCCUCGAGCAGCUACCACUAUGAUCACAGUGCUGAGGAGGGCAGUAGCAGCAGCACGUCCACCAAUCAUGAUCAACAAAUUUCGGAAUCACCAAGCCCUCCAACGCUGUCGGACGAAAUAGAAAAAGUCAACAUCACCGACGAGGAAAAGGAAAAACUGCUGCUCAAUGCAUAUCGUACACCUGAAACAAACAGACCGUUCCUGGAUAUGGUUCUUUCAUCGUUGGACUGCGCUGAGAAUGACUAUCUAGCUCUUUUGGCGCUUUGCUUAUUGUAUGCCUUGGCGAACAACAAAGGAGUUAAUGCGGAAUGGCUGGAGAUUGUCCUGAAUCGUUCGUCACCAUCGGGAUGUUCCAAGUACAAUAUCAUACUUAUAGAGAAACUUUUGCAAAUAAUCACGCUCUCCAGUCAGCCUUCCUGCCGCAUUCGAUUGGUUACGAUUGAGCUAACGCUGAAACUGCUGUCCCAAAUCGUCGGCGUUGGCACCACCAACGUUAACAUCAAUGAACUACAUAGGCUCUCCAUCAUGUUAGCUCGCAAUCAGAGUAUGACUGUUCUAAGGAAUUUCUAUAAAUCGGAAGACAUCUUCCUGGACCUGUUCGAAGAUGAAUACAACGAAAUGGUAAAGUCGAUUCUGAACGUGGAAUUCCUGUGCAACGAUUCCACCAUAUUGCUGCCACCAACGGGGACUCCGCUGACUGGAAUUAAGUUCAACAGGCGAUUGCCUUGCGGUGAAGUGGAGAAGGCGCGCCGUGCCAUCCGUGUGUUUUUCUUGCUUCGCCGAAUGUGUCAAAGCAUCAGCGGCGAAAAGGAGCUUCUGUUGCCCCUUACGAAUCCCAAUCACUGUGUGCAAAUUGACAACGCUCUUGAUUUGAAUAACAGUGACCUGAUAGCAUGUACCGUGGUGAUGCGUGAUGCGACAAAGUAUCGACGAUUUUUAGUUAUGGACAUCCUUCAGUUGAUAUUGGUAGAGCCGGAUAGUAAACGUUUAGGAUGGGGUGUAGCCAAAUUCGUUGGAUUCCUGCAGGACGUCGAAGUGAACGGCGAUAAGGAGGAUUCCAGAAGUUUACAUCUCACCAUUCAUCGUGGUGGUGCCACAAACAACCGUACACCGAUACUGUCCGCCAAGUUCAUGUUCGAUGACCACAUCCGUUGUAUGGCAGCGAAGCAAAGGCUUACCAAAGGUCGCAGUAAGGCACGGCAAAAGAAAAUGUUCCAGAUCGCGCAGCUGUUGGAGAUACCUGGCCAACUGAACGACGCUCCGUUUCAGUCACUAACAUCUUCCAGCUCAACGGGACCCAGUGGAAUGUUGCGGCCAAACAGCGCCAGACAACCUCGGGAACAUCGUCCGUUGUUUUCGACGGCGAACCGCGUCCCAGGGGUCGCGUCUGCCUUGAGACGGGACAGCAUGCCCUCCGGAAGUGUUAGCAGAGUACAACUCAACGCAAGUCGCUCGAUUGAUGGCGACUCUACGGGAGCCCGUCGGAAAAGUUCCAACACAGCUCGUCGGGAUCGGGAGUCCAGCCAACCGAUAGCCGUCAAUGUGGCUAAAUCUCGUGAAACCUCCCGCAACCGAGCCGGAGGAACGCCCAGAUCCCGAGAAUCUAGCCCACGUAUUCCGAGACCACGUUCGGAGGAGAUUCCACUGGAAGACUUUCGCCGCUCGCAGAAUUCAAGUCCCGUCUCGCGUAACUCGUCGAAUGUUCCAUCACGGUCCCACACCCCGUCUCGGUUGAGCCUAGAGCCUGUGGCCGUUGUUUCCAACACUAGCGGUCAAUCGGUUGUUAGUAGUAGUAGCAGUACUGUCGUAACGUCGAAGGAAUCCACCGUUCCAACUGUGGUAGCCGUCAACUCGAACUCCACGACGAUCACCAUACCCGUGGAAUUAAGUCCCACCUCCGAGGAAACUUCGUUCAUUGCGGGCGAAGAGCGGCAAAAAAAACGGGGAGUCAUUGAAACCGUGUGAGCCGCAUGGUAAGGUUUUGGUUUUCUAUAAUGGGUAGUUCAAUAUUGUUUUCUGUUUUACGUUUUAACCAAUGUCAGGACUAAUUGAAAAUUUUAUCAUUGUGUAACACUUAUGUAGCUGAAGAGCUGGUUUAUUUAGUAGAAUAAAUAGUCUUAUUUAUGUUCGUCAAUAGUCAAACAUAA